CACGCCCAUCUUGGCGUGCGUGAGGCUGCGUGAGGUUACCUAAGGACAUUUUCCUCCACUUCUGCUCGUCAUGAUUUCAAGUCUCCUAACGUCUUUUCAUGACUCAAACACGUCCAAAAAUCGCUCGCUGAGAUGAAGAUCUUCGAGACACAAGUCCAGGGAUUACGACACCAUGGUAUACCGGGGCAAACCGUCGACGGCUUGCGCGGAAUGCAGGAAACUGCGCAGUCGGUGUGACAAGAAGCUGCCUGCAUGUGGGCAAUGCAUCAAAGCUGGCCGUGGUUGUUCGGGUUACCGCAGCACAGUAGAUCUUAUGUUUCUCGACGAAAGCGUCCGAGUUGUUACCCAGAAUCAGACCCACGUUCCGCCUCGAGAUGCGCAUCCAGAUACCCCGAGAAACAGAUCCCGCCCAAGAGGGCAUUUGGCAAAACGCCUGGUGUCUGAUUUCCCUCUCAAGUUGACUGGCUUCAUCAUGUACCAGCCGUUGAACGACCUUGGUGUCAAUUUCUUCAUGACAAACUUUAUUGUGGACGAUCCUGCCAUAUCCCUACUGGAUUACCUGCCCAAUUUCUACGCAAAGACGGCUCACUCCGAUCCUGCUUUGCCGCAAAUCUGUGCAGCUGUUGGUCUGGUUGGUCUGGUCAACAAAUCUCAUAAUAAGGAUAUGCUCAGCGCCGCCACGCACAACUAUGUUGCUGCAAUCCGGGCCAUCAACAAUGCACUGCCUUGUGCGAAGACUGCAGUUCAGGACUGCACAGUCGCAUCGAUUUAUCUGGCAGCGAUGUUUGAGGCGUUGGUCCUUCCAAGACGCGCAGGUAUGGACAAUGCCAGUAUCCAUCUAGCUGGUGCUGUUACUGUUGCACACUUGAUCCUGCAGCAGCAGAAACAGACUGACGUUACCAUUAAGCUAUGCAAUACGUUGAUAAAGACUGUUAUCAUGGAUUGCUGGAUACAAGGAGUACCACUAUCGCGUAAUAUUGCUGACUUCCAAAGGCUGGUGGAGAAGAAAGCAGAGCGUGUCCUGGUUGAUGACUCUUUCCUCAACAUCAUUCUUAGCCUGCUUCAAUUCAAGGAAGAGUAUCGAGAUGCGGAUAAGGUUGAUCCAAUGGUCGUCGUUCAAAGCGCAUUGGCUCUUGACGCAAACCUGGAUGAAUACGCACGCGACUUGGCACAGGAAGCUCCUUUUGAGAAUCGUCAGCUUCCCGACGCUGAGCAUAGCCAUCUCGCGCACAAAGGCUACUUCCAUUUACGCCCCUAGCAUCUGCACGCACAUAUAUGGAAUAGCGUCCAGACAACUCACAUACGCCUCCACCAGGCCGUUACCCGCGAAUGCGACGAUGCAACAUCUUUGCUGGAGUCGAGUACCAAGCGCGCAUCAUUCAAGAGACUCAUCGUUUCAACAAUCAUGGAAUUGCUUGCAAGUGUACCGCAAGCAGCAGGUUAUGUACAAAAUGAUCAUGUUCCGCCAGUGCCUCCUCCAAGGGUCGCUUCCUCAAGUUCGCGCAGUACCUCAGCCGACCAGGAGACGCACGAG